UCCAUGGUCCCAAUGCGUCGAUCCCUUGGAUCGGCAAUGCAGCGGCAGGCGCUCCAGAUGCUGGACCUCAAUCGGAUUGAUCUUUCCGGGUUGCGGCUCAAUCGCGACACAAGUGUGUGGCUCCUCCGGCAAUGCGACGAUCUAGAGCAAGGUAGACGGAUCCAUUCCGAGCUCGCAAGAACAGGGAUAGAUUCGGAGACGCUUCUGGGAAAUACGCUCGUCCAGAUGUAUGGCAAGUGUGGGAGCUUGGCAGAAGCUCGAGCAGCGUUCGAUGGAAUCGCGGAGAAGAAUGUCUUCUCCUGGAGCAUCAUCAUCGGGCUGUAUUCUCGUCACAGGCUCGAGAGAGAGGCGAUCGAGCUGUUCCACGCGAUGGAUGUGAGGCCGAAUUGCGUGACUUUCAUCAACACUCUGGGAGCUUGCUCCAGUGCCGAGUUUCUAGAGACUGGAAAGAAGAUCCACGCCCAGAUCGUCGCGGGAGAGGUGGAGCUCGAGCUAAAUCUCGCGAAUUCCUUGAUCAGCAUGUACAGCAAUUGUGGAAGCUUGGUGGACGCGAAGAGGUUCUUCGAUGGGAUGAAUCGCAGGAAUGUUGUCUCAUGGAAUUGUAUCAUCGCAGCAUUUUCCGGGCACGGGCAUUACAGGGAGGCGGUGGACUUGUUCUACGAGAUGGAGAAACAAGGAUUCAAGCCUGACCGGGUAAGCUUUGUGUCGGUCUUUAGUGCUUGCUCCAUUCUAGAGGAUUUGUCCCAAGGCAGGAGAAUUCACGCUCGGUUUUGUGAUGGCAGGAUGAAGCUGGAUGUUUCAAUCGGGAACACGCUCCUCAACAUGUACGCCAGGUGUGGGAGCUUGGGUGAUGCAAGGUCGGUGUUUGAUUCGAUUACUUCCAGAAACAUAGUCUCAUGGACUUCGAUGAUCGCAGCGUACGCCCAGUUCGAUCGCUUUCACGAUGCAUACGAAGUGUUCCAGAAAAUGGGAGUAGCACCGAAUGAUGUUACGUUCAUCACGAUCCUCGGGGCCUGCGCUGAAGCCAGAGCUUUGAAGCAAGCCAGAGAGAUCCACAGCCUGGUGCUAACGAGUGGGAUCCUCGAGAAGCAGCAACUUACAGUGGGAAAUAGCUUGAUCAACACGUACGCGAAGUGUGGGAGCUUGAGCGACGCAAAAACGGUCUUUGAGAGCAUGGCCACCGCGGAGAGGAACGUCGUGACUUGGACGAGCAUCAUCGCGGCUUGUGGACUCUGUGGACACCCGCGCGAAGCUCUGGCUUUGUUCCAUCGCAUGGAACUCGAAGGCAUACCAGCGAACGAGAUUACUUUCGGGACGGUUCUUUCGGCUUGCGCAGACUUGGGAAGCACAAGAGAAGCUCGGUGUCUUCACGGGCUUAUCGUCUCAGGUGGCUACGAUCGAGACACAGUGGUCUGUAAUGGACUGAUCAACAUGUUCGGCAAAUGCGGUAUGGUGGAAGAUGCAAGAGCCAUUUUUGAGAGGAUGAGAAGCAGGAAUCUCGUCACUUGGACAGGAAUGCUAGGAGCUUACAUCCAGCAGCAAGAAAUCAGACAGGCAGUGUCGCUGUUCCAGCAGAUGGAAGUGGAAGGAAUCACUCCCAACAUAGUUACGAUGGUGAGCAUCAUAGUCGGAUGUUCUAGCAGCAACACUCUGGAGCUUGAUCCGCUGGAAGCCGCAAAGUCGAUCCAUCGUUCCUGUAUAGUCGGCACCGAGAUGGAGGCUGACACUCUGGUGGGAACUGCCGUGGUCGACAUGUACGUGAAGUCCGGGGACAUGAUCCAGGCGAGAGAAGCCUUCGAGAGAAUCUCCUACAAGGACGUGAUGGCUUGGACUACAAUGGUGGCGGCUUACGCUCAGGCUGGCUAUGCCGACGAAGCGCUCAAGCUCUACGCGAGAAUGGGACUGGAGGGUGUAGCUCCGGACGAGAUCACUUUCGUCAACCUCUUGCACGCCUGCUCGAGAAUGGGGGCGAAGAAAGAAGGCUGGACGAUUCACUCCCACAUCCUCGAGCGUGGUCUUCCGAGCUCCAGAGUUUUGGGAAACGGGCUGGUUUGCUUCUACGGUGCGUGUGGAACUUGGCUCCAGGCGAAGAUGGUCUUCGAGAACUUGUCAGAGCGCGACGCUGCGGCAUGGAACGCUGCGAUCGGUGUCUCCGGCCAGCAUGGUUUCUACGACGAAUCUCUCCGGCUGUUCGAGCGGAUGGUGUUGGAAGGAAUGGAGCCUGACGAGAUCACCUUCACCAACGUUCUCUUCUCGUGUAGCCACAGUGGAGAGAUCGAGCGAGCCUGGCGGUGGUUUCUCGUGAUGAGAGGCGAUCACGGCAUGGAACCCAAUGUGGAGCACUGGGGCUGCCUGGCGGAUCUCUUUGGGCGAUUGGGAUGGAUCGACGAGGCCGAGAGAUUGGUGAGUUUCCUGCCAAGAACAAGAGCUUCCAUCGCUUGGACGACCCUUCUCAGCGGCUGCAAAGUCCAUGGCGAUGUCUCCACUGCCGAGCGAGCGGCGGAGCGCGCCAUGGCUGUGGAUCCAAGCAAAUCCUCGCCGUACGUUCUCCUCUCGCAUCUCUACCGCUGCGGGCAUUUGAAUUUGGCGGGAGAGUUUGUAAACGGGCGGCUGGGAUGCGUUUAAUCGUGGCUAUAGGAUGGAAUGGAGAUCGACGGUGGGCGGGCAACCCUUGCUCAAAUGGCGAAGAGAAAGCGCAAGGGCGCGGCAGCUCCUGCCAAAGGCGAUGGAGGCGAUGGCGGCGAUGGAGGCGAGGCGGUGGAGAAUGACGCAGGCGCCAGCUCCCCCCAGUGCUUGUAUGAGGUAGGCGAUCGGUUCUUUGCUUAGUUUCGCAUUUUA